AUGUACAACUUGAAAAUGGCGUUCCAGCAAGUUCCAGUUCGCAGUGUGGACCUCGCGUCGGUAUUCUGGUCGCAGAUGCAAUGCUGCUCAAAGGAGAAGACAAUUCCUGCAAUCAUCAAGGCUCAAAAGUCAUUGCAGCACUGGUACUGUUUGACCUGGAAAGAAAGCCAUGAGAUUCAACCGCAUAUCCGGAAACUGAUGGCGACCGUUCAAGAGGCCGUCGACAUGAUUCGCGCUGCACAGCAUCCCCACCGAUAUAUUAGCUCCUACUAUACCGUGCUAGAUAUCGAUAAGCGAUGGACAAACGUCCGGGACAUGCACGAGCUCUACUGUCUCGGCCAUUUGACGGAGGCUUGUGUAGCCUACGAAACGCUCAUAAACAGUGGUCGACUCCUCAAGCCAGUUCUAAAGGCCCUUUGGCAUGUUGACACCCUCUUUGGGUCAGAGCCAGGAAAGAAAAGGGGAUACCCGGGGCAUUAA